UCGCUUUGACAGGCACCUCAUAAUCGCUUGCUGGGUCUAGACCGCGCCCCCCCCGUCCAAAAUCCAAACUCUUGCCCCGACGGCCCCAUACUACCCCCCGUUCGCCAUCAUGUCCCACCGGCGUUCUCUAUCCUCAAGCUUCAUGGGCUUUGGGAUGCCGAUGAGCAUGGGCUCCGAGACGUCCACGCUGCAGGUCCGCCUUUAAAUUCACUUUCGCGAGGCAUCAGACCUACUGACACCGUCUUGACUAUGCAGAUGAAUCCCGACGCCACCGACACGCUGUUCCCGCUCGACAGCUCAUUUUUUUAUCCAUUUGUCGACGGCAACAUGUCCUUGGCUCUACAACCAAUUGAAUCAGCCUCGAGGAUCUACGAAACCGGGCCGGGCCCUGCCUCCUCGGCCGGCCUGGUAGGGAACACCCCACAGUCGUCCUCUUUCUCUCCCAAUGACACGACGGCCACCGAGCCGGCCCACGAGCCCCCGGGAACUGGAAACCAGACCCAACCAAGCGGGUUGAACGAGUUCACCAAGCGGUCCAAUUGGCCAGCCCGAGUGGUCGACGAGCUCCGGGACUUGUUACACAUCUUGGACGCCGAAGGGAGGGUCAAGACGGUCUCGCCGAGCGCCGAGCAUCUGACUGGCUACAAGCCGGCCGAGCUCCGUGACAUGCUCAUGCGCGAGCUGUUGCACCCCGAUGACGUAGGCGUCUUCACAUCGGAGCUAAACCAAUCCAUAGCCGUGGGUACUCCGUUCCGCGUCUUUUACAGGAUGAGGAAGAAGGACGGGACCUACGCCGUCUUUGAAGCCAUUGGCCACGCCCACAUCGCCGCCGCCAAGUUUGCGCCCAACCCAGACAACCAAACACCCUUCUGCCAAGCUGUCUUCAUGAUGGCCAGGCCGUAUCCCACCAAGAACGCGGCUCUGCUCGACUCAUUCCUAGAACACAAGAUGGAGAACGAGCGCCUCAGGCGUAAGAUCGCAGAGCUCCAAAAGGAGGAGCAGGACGACGCCGACGAGUCCGAAAGGACGUGGCGGCGGAGCCAAGAGACCACACCGUCCGAAAACGGCGUACGCUUCGGGACGACGACCUUCCAACCCCUGCCAGAUGCGUCCACCCACCUUCGGGAGCGGGAUGCCUCCCUAGACGGCGGGUUCAUGGAUGGCGUGACGGGCUCGCGGCGGUCCUCGAUAGGGGUAACCCAUGCCGACACCAUCGAGAUGCUCACCGGCCUCCGGUAUCAGGAAGGCGAACGAAGCCAUGGAAUUACCACGGGGGUGGCUAGCCCCACUCUCGUGUCGGGAGACGCUGGCGUCCUCACUGGAGACGCCGGCAUCGCCAUCCCAGUGGACAGAGAUCAGCGUGCAGGAGAGAAGAAGAAGAAGCUCAAGUUAGCCGAGGAAUACGUCUGUACGGAUUGCGGAACACUUGAGUCUCCCGAAUGGCGCAAAGGGCCUAGCGGGCCUAAAACCCUCUGCAACGCCUGCGGGCUUCGCUGGGCGAAGAGGGAGAAGAAAAAGAGCGCCAGCCAUGUUGUGGGAAGCGGCUUAGAACAACAUCCUGGGCCUGGCGGUGAUAUUAUCGGCUAGAGGUCGUUCGCCUGUUUUGAAUUGGUCAAGUAAUUCAUGUUGCGUGUGUUGCGACGAUUCGAAGCCCUUCCUCCGAAAGUUGGUUGGCUUUUAGGUACAAGGUCUCUGGAAAAGCGACAGGGCCCUGGUGGUUCCAAAACGUCCUGCAACGCAUGCAGCCUUUGGCAAACGAAGGGUCGGGGCCUCGACCACGGCGGCACGGAACGUCAUAGUAUCUCGGGCCCAAGGGGAACACUACCGGCUAGACGCAGAGACUCGCUCAGAAAUGAGACUACGACUACGGGACCCAGAACGUCAACCGUUUCUACGGCGUUACCUGGUUGUGGCGGCAUACGUUAAUAGGUGUCGUCAAGGCGGGGAUUUCGGCGG